UGGCAUUGAAGUUUCAAGUUGGCAGACAGUGCAGUGCGCCUCGACUGUCUGCGCUGCGUCUGCUGCACUUGUAUUGGGUUUCUUUUUUGGUUUUCUCGUCUAAUAAGUUUUUCUUGCAUGGGCUUCCCUUUAAACGUGCUCAUUCUCAGCCGUAGCACGCAUGUAAUAUUUCAUUGAUGGUUUUGUUUUUCUUCUUAUUCACAAUAGCAGCGGAUUGCAGCGACUCCGAGCAUUAUGGAAGUGUUUUCUUCUGCACUGUUUUGUGGUUAAAACAAUUAUUAUCCCAAUCGCGGGGCUUCUUGCUUUAUUGAGCGUACUAUGCGUAUGUAUCGAUUUAAACACUCAGUAGAGGCCCAUCUCCACAUGGAUUACUGAACGCUUUUGAUGGCUGGCAUCGUUCAUUUACACUGCAUACCCUGAACUACCUGUCUAUCGUCGUCUGUGUUCGAUGAACAGCAGUAGCAUUGGAGGUCUGCCUCGCAAUCCGACUGCUGUUAACUGUGAUAGAUCCCUGUGGGGAUCGACGUGCGCGUGGUUCUGGCAGAAUUCCUCGGUUUUGAGGCAAUUUAGCCAGUGCGCAUUACUUUCGCGAAAUGAUCAUUAGAAGUUGACCGUGGAAGUCCUGACUGGAUCUACACUGGGUGACGGAAUUUAUUCAUGGAAUUCCAGAGCACAGACGCAGUGGUCUCUCUGGAUUUUGUUAAUUGUUUUAUUGUUAUACGGAUAUCCGCGCACGACGGCAGAUAGACGGAUGAACCUUACACCGGGACGUCGCAUCACUUUACUGGCUACGAAGCGCGCUUCUACACAUUUUUAGUUUUUGAAUUUUAGCCACGCUUUAUGUUCGCUUAUUGGUCGGUUGGCUUUGGCUAUGGCAAAUAUCAAUAUUCCCCAUCAUAUGAAAGAUUCGCGAUGGCUUCAGUUAGAGGUUUGCCGCGAGGCACAGCGCAAUAAAUGCACGAGAAGCGACGAAGAAUGCAAAUUCGCUCACCCACCUCCUCAUGUUGAGAUCCAAAAUGGACGGGUGGUUGCGUGCUAUGAUUCUAUUAAGGGACGCUGUAAUCGUGAAAAUCCUCCUUGCAAAUACUACCAUCCACCGCAGCACCUGAAAGAUCAACUGCUUAUUAAUGGACGAAAUCAUUUAGCUAUGAAGAACAUUCUUGUACAGCAGAUGCAGAUGCAGUCCAUCGCCUUGCAACCCCAACUGCAAAUGCAGCCUCAGCUUUCCCUUAUGGCACCUUAUUAUAAUCCCGCCUUCUCCACCGGCGCCAACGCUUAUCUUGGUUCUACACCUGCAUUUUUAGCUUCGGCAUCCAGUCCGGGCCCGUCGGGAUCCAGUCAUUCCGACACGACAUCGGCGAGCACGUCCAUGUCCAAUUUGACCAGCUCACUGCUGCAGCAACAGAUGCAACAGCAGCAGCAACAACAGCAACAGCACUCCGGUAGUAAAAGUCGAAUGGACAGACUGGAAGUGUGUCGCGAGUUUUCGCGGGGUUCUUGCCGGCGAUCCGAGCAAGAAUGCAAAUAUGCUCAUCCGGCUGAGCAUGUGCAAGUUACUGAUAAUAUGGUUGUUGUAUGCAUGGACUCUCUGAAAGGGAAAUGCGGGCGGGACGCUUGUCGUUAUUUCCACCCACCGGCCCACCUCGUGCAGCAACUGAAAUCUCGCCAAUCUGUGAAUACACCGGCUACCGGUAACAGUAGCAGUGCUGUUGCCGCUAAUGCUGCUCUUGGCCUUAAUGUUUAUGCGCCCAGUGCUGCUAGCGUGGCUGCCGUACCAGUGCCCGUGGCUCUUCCAGCCGCCGUAUCCGUGCCGGUUAACGUGGCUGCUGCCGCUGCUCCCUCAAUGGGCAAUAAUUCAGAGUAUGAGCAGGCCUUUCAGGCGGCGAUGGCUGCGCAGGCUGUUUCCGCCUCACCGUUGUUGGCUGCCGCUGCUAUGCUCAAUCAGAAGCAGGCGAUGGCCGCUCUCAUGGCGGCGGCUACUCAGCAGGUCCAAGCGCAAAUGCAGGCCGCCGCUGCUGCUUCUCUGCCGUCUGUUUAUGCGCAUUCGUCCGCUGUCAACCAGGCUGCCACCGCUGCAGCUAUAACCCCGUCGUUGAAUGCCUUGGCCGCUGCUGGCUGGUCCGAUUUUGUCUCGCAAGGGCAAAAGGGCUUGAAAAGGAAAGCCUCCUAUGAGCAGGACAAUGAGCUGGUCUUUCAUGGCUUAGCAGCAUCUGUGAAAAGGCAGACAACCUCACCUCUCUCGGCCCCCUCUCUCGCUCUUUACCAACAACAGCAGCAUCAGCAGUCGUUACAAGCAGCAGCAGCAGCAAUGUAUGGUAUUGGUCCGCUACUCUCCAAUUUUCAACACAGUCUAUCCAUGCAGCAUUACACACCUCUACAUCACCCCUCUAUUCCUGGCGUUGGUCUGGGUGGUGUCAGUCCGGGCGGCGGUUCGGGAAUCGAAGGACAGCCAGAAUCCAGCCAGGACCAGGAAUCGCCUAAUGAGGAUCCCCCGUCUUCUUCAUGAAAGUACAGAUACCUGUCCAUGAUGCAUUGGAUUAUCCCUUAUUAUUCGUUGUGUAUUGUGAGCCCAUGCGUUUACGAAUUUUUCGGAAAAUGGAUAUAUUUUGUUCCAACUCUUAAUCUUCAAGACGAAAUUCUUCAUCAUUGUUCCUGGUGAUCUUCAAAACGGUGGCACACCGCUUUUUUCUCCAUUCCACAAAAGUUAUCUGGUCCUGCUAUGUAAAUCUAAGCCUUUAAUGGAUGUUUUGAAUCAAUCCCGGUCAAAAUGAGGUUCUGAUAUGGCAGAUUUAAAAACUGAGGCGAUAUUUUGGACCAUUAGAAUUUCGUCAGGAACAGUCCAUUCUCCCUUAUGGUGUCGCUUUUAUCUUCGAUGUAUGUUUUUUGUCCUUUUUACGUUGCCCAUUAAUUGUGGAUAAAACGGAAGUUUUAUUUUUCGUCACUUUGUAUGUAUUUUAGUUAUUUUAAAUGUAAAAUUUUUACUGUCUGCACUAGUUUAUUUGGUUUGUGCACGGGAUCAGGGGGAAGGGAAAAGAAGUGAUAGCGCGUCCGGUAAUUUUUCCUUGUUGGUUGUUUUGAUCCGGUUUGGCAUUUUGUUCUGUGGUAAUCCAUUCGGUGUUGGCUUAAAUGUUUUUAUCUUUUUGUUAUGGAGUGAAUUUUAACUGCCUAGUAGCAUAUGAUUUGGUACUGGAAGCGCCGAUUCGGAUGGAAACUUAAAGAUGGGAGUUCAAGGGUGCUUGGCAAAGAGGAGAAAGGAAGACAAGAGGGAGGAAUAAAAGUGCCGCUAGUUUUGAGAGUUUUUUGUAGAGAGUGUUUUAAUCGUGUACUGAUUAACUGUUGGUUAUUGUUAUUUGAAUUAUAGGUGUUUGUACACGUAGUAAAGUCUGGCAAAAACAA